UAUAGGGCACAAAAGAUGUGCUGAAUGUCAGGGUGUUGAGGCAAAAUGUUACUGUAGAUGUGUAAAACAUCUUUGAACUACAUUUGGAGAAUUGUUUGAGUUUGGGUUCCGGAUUACAAGAAAGAUGUGGAAGUGUUGGAGAUGGUGCAGAAUACGUUCACUGGGAUCUUGCCUGAAUUUUAGAGUAUUAACUAUGAGCAGAUGUUGUUUUCUGUGGAACAUUGGAGGCUGAGAAGCAGCCUACAGAAGUGUAUAAAAUCAUUUGUGGUAUAGAUGCAGUAGACAGAAUAGUUUUCUCUGGAUGGAAUUGCUAAACUCUAGGGGACAUAGAUUUAUGGUAAAAAAAAUGGUAAUUUUAAAGAGAAGUGUUUUAUUUACAUAGAUAGCAUAGGGUGCCUGGAAUGGGUUGCAAAGGUACAUGAUAAUAGAGGAAACCAGCAACCUUUAAGGUUUUGUUUUGACCAGGAUUGAAGGGAUAGAGGGCACUUGCAGGUAGAUGGGAUUGGUUUAAACUCGCAUCAAGGUUGACACAGAAAUCUUUGGUCAAACGGCCUGUUCCUAUGUUGUAUUGUGCUGUACUGUUUUAUAUUCUAUGAAAGUUGUGGAAUAAUUAGAUUAAGUGGACUGAGUAAUAAUAAGCUUUCCUCCCUUGGGCAAGAACCUAUGACGUACUUGACACGUGCAGAGGAUUACAGAGAACUCUAUCCAAGUUCUCGUUUUGCAAACCAGCUAUAAAAUAAUCGAUAAGAUGAUUUAUGAUAAUACAUCAAAAACGCAAAAUGAUAUUUGCAGCAGUUCGAUCUGGAGGCGCUUACACCAGCAGUAGCUUCUGCUGCCGCUUCGCGCAGACGUAGCCUCUCCAAGUCAGCGAAGAAAUACAAAAACCUCUGAAGCCUAAUGUGCUUGCUGUAGAGUGGGAAUCCCACCCAGCGGUCGUUGAAUCCGUCCAGAAGCGGACUUGGCAUGCCAAGGAAAUGAGUUCGAAGACCACCAUGACUAACCAGGAAAAGUGGAUUACUCUCAGCCCAGCAGAAUUCUCUCAGCUACAGAAGUACGCCCAGUACUCUACAAAGAAGCUUAACGAUGUUCUCGAAGAAUUCCAUGGUGCUGGUGUGCUUGUAAAAUACAACCCUGAGCAGAAGGAAGAUAUUCUCAGUCAAUCAAUAGACUUUGAAGGCUUCAAACUGUUUAUGAAGACAUUCUUGGAAGCUGAGCUGUCUGAUGACUUCUGUCGGCAUCUGUUCCUGUCAUUCAAGAACAAAUCAUCUAUUCCAAGACCUUCAUCACAGGCGAGAAACUCCAGCAGUCCUUCGCUCAGUGCAGGGGGCUCUGAAACAAAGAAUGACCUGCAGAAUAUUCAAGAAUUGUCAUCUCCUUCUGUAUCAUCUUCCAUUGCCAGCAUUCAUGGACCAGACGUGGUUCAGCUGAAGGACAUAGUUUGCUACUUGUCAUUACUGGAAGGAGGUCGGCCUGAGGACAAGUUAGAAUUCAUGUUUCGUCUUUAUGACACUGAUGGAAAUGGGUCGCUAGAUAGCUCGGAACUUGACCAGAUCAUCAAUCAAAUGAUGCAUGUUGCGGAGUAUCUACAAUGGGAUGUGACAGAGCUCAAACCUAUUCUUCAGGAGAUGAUGGAAGAGAUAGAUUAUGAUCGUGAUGGUACAGUGUCUCUGGAAGAAUGGAUUCAGGGAGGAAUGACUACAAUCCCUCUCCUGGUUCUCUUGGGCCUGGAAACGAAUGUGAAAGAUGAUGGCCAACACGUUUGGAGACUGAAACACUUCAACAAACCUGCCUACUGCAAUCUAUGCUUGAACAUGCUGAUUGGUUUUGGCAAGCAAGGCCUCUGCUGUUCCUUCUGCAAGUACACUGUACAUGAACGCUGUGUGUCCAGAGCUCUUCCCUCCUGCAUCAACACCUAUGUCAAGUCAAAAAAGAAUGUAACUGUAAUGCAUCACUUCUGGGUGGAAGGAAACUGUCCAAAGAAAUGUAACAAAUGCCAUAAAACCAUCAAGUGUUAUCAGGGUCUUACAGGCCUUCAUUGUGUAUGGUGUCAAAUCACUCUGCACAACAAGUGUGCAUCCCACAUGAAACCUGAAUGUGACUUUGGGCCACUGAAAGAUCAUAUCUUACCCCCAGCUUCUAUUUGUCCCAUUGUAUUGGAUAGGCAAACGACCGUGAAAAGAAGAGACGACAAUUCCUUGCAAACCAAGAAGUCAGAGGAGCGCACCAAGAUACAACGAGCUAACUCUGUCACUGUUGAUGGGCAGGGUUUGCAGAUAACGCCAGUUCCAGGCACACACCCUCUUCUGGUGUUCGUCAAUCCUAAAAGUGGUGGGAAACAAGGAGAAAGAAUCUUCAGAAAAUUCCAGUUUUUGCUGAAUCCUCGCCAGGUUUACAGUCUUGGUAGCAGUGGGCCAAUGCCAGGGUUAAAUUUUUUCAGGGAUGUUCCUGACUUUAGACUUCUGGCUUGUGGUGGAGAUGGAACAGUAGGAUGGAUCCUCGAUUGCAUAGACAAGGCAAAUUUGCCUCAACAUCCUCCAGUGGCAGUUCUUCCACUUGGAACAGGCAACGACUUGGCUCGGUGUCUUAGAUCAGGAGGAGGUUAUGAAGGUGAGAGUCUGAUGAAAAUUGUCAAAGACAUUGAGAACUGCACAGUGGUCAUGCUGGACAGAUGGAAAAUUGAGGUGAUUCCCAAUAACAAAGAAGAAAAGGGAGACCCCGUGCCUUAUAACAUUAUCAACAACUACUUCUCUAUUGGAGUGGAUGCCUCAAUAGCCCACAGAUUCCAUAUCAUGCGGGAGAAACAUCCUGAGAAGUUCAACAGUCGAAUGAAGAACAAGUUCUGGUAUUUUGAAUUUGGGACAUCUGAAACAUUCUCUGCUACAUGCAAGAGAUUACAUGAAUAUGUAGAGAUAGAGUGUGAUGGAAUUCUACUAGACCUGAGCAAUAUGCCCCUAGAAGGCAUAGCUGUUUUGAAUAUACCGAGCAUUCAUGGUGGAUCGAACCUGUGGGGAGAGAGCAAAAAACGCCGCAGUUAUCACCGAACCAGCAAAAAGGUGCCAGAAAAGCGAACUGUGAUCGAUGCCAAGGAGCUGAAAUACUGUGUUCAAGAUAUAAGUGACCAGUUACUUGAAGUAAUCGGCUUGGAGGGGGCCAUGGAAAUGGGACAGAUCUACACUGGGUUGAAAAGUGCAGGGAAAAGGCUGGCACAGUGCUCCUUGGUAACUCUCAGAACCAGCAAGUUCCUACCGAUGCAAAUUGAUGGAGAACCUUGGAUGCAAACACCUUGCACAAUUACAAUAAAUCACAAGAACCAAGCCCCAAUGCUGAGGGCUCCACCUCCCAAGAGUGGCUUUGUUUCUUCAAUCAUCAAGAGGACUAGGAGUUAAAGAUACAAGAAAGAAAAAAAAAACUACGUGCAUUUUUCUCUUCAAGUGAGAACAAGGAAUUAUGAAAAAGUUGCCCUCACUCUCUGCUGGAAUCUUGCCAUGAAAGCACAUACUGAAAAUCUGAUUUUACCUGAUCCAUAGUCGUCCUGGCCACUUACCAUCAUAUUCAGAAAAUCAGGUAAUAGAUAACCAAAAUUGCAUUAGGCACCAUUAGCAGGUGAGGUUUUCCCUUAAUGCAAAGGCAAAACAACCCCCUUCCCCCAAACUAAAUUACUGUAGGCCAUUUAUUUGCACAGUUGUCAUUCCUAUGAUUGAAUGUAAGAAUUAAAUCAUGAAAGUUUUGUUGGAAUGUGUGCCGUUGGUCUGUGGCAUACAGAUGACAAGCAUUUAUCUUCUACAGCAGAUUCACCCUCCCAGCUUUAACCUUUUGGCAAGUGUUGGGGAGACAAUUUUUGCCUCAGAGAUAUUUCCUUUGCAAAAGCUUUCCUGUCAUUAGGACAGAGGACUAAAGUGACAGCAAUUAACUAUAUUAAACUUUAAUACAGAACAAACCCAUUUUAAGAGCGGUUGUGUCACAUUAGAAAAAUUUAUAGGGAGUUCCUUGUCCUCUAUUGAAACUAAAAUGUUAACAAUUUCUUUAAUAACUCAAGAAUUUUGUACAGAAUGUAUCAGAAAACCUAUUACUGGUAAAAUGCAGCAGUAUUUCAAUCCUAUUAUUAGAUGUACAAAAUAAGAUGGGAAGUUCUUUUGAAGCAGUUUGUCAGAUCUCAGCUUUUCAUGAGAUCUGUCAAAUUGCUUCAAAAGCAACUUUCAGAGGGGCUGGAGACUUGGGUGGUAGGUUCUCCUUUAUUUCUCCUACCAAUUUGCUCAAAUGCUGUUGCAAAUGACUGAAAUUGUCUACACAACAUAAAAAAUCUGGCAAUGCAGCUAAAUUCUCUGCUAGUGAUUCUGUACUUCUGAUGUUUCCCACACAAAAUACCAUUCAGCAGAAGGGUUCACAAGAAGUCAAGGGUGAAGAGGCUGUAAGAAUCUGCAAUUCAGGUAAUAAAUGGAUCUUUGUGUUAUGUUUGCAGUGUCUUACACUCCAGGGCUGUAGGACAUACUCAGAAUAUUGCCCAUAAGAUCUUUUCAAGUGGCCAACUUUACAAGGAACCCCAGUUUCCUGCCAGAUUUUUGUUAAGUACCCUGAGCUGGACCAAGUGAUUCUUCAGGAGGAGAAAACCAUUUCAUUCGGCUACAUUCUUUUGGUUGUCCCUUGAUUUAGUACAGCUGCUGAGAAACUAAUUCAAUUUACCAAACCAACAAUGAUGGUCAGAUUAGGGACAGAAACCUUGGCCCUAAAAUCUCUUUUGCUCUGAAAAGCAUAUUAAGCAGGUCAUGCAUGAAGGCCAGACUCUGUGUUUGAUACAGCCUGCAGCCACAGAGUUCUGAUUUGGCAUUACAUGGAGUAGUAUGGGUUUUUCAUGUCUGACACCAAAAAAAAUAUAUUUUCUAGCAUGGUGGAGCAAGUGUAGAAAAAAAAGGACUCGGUGGAAUAAAAUAUGGGGUUUAAAGGAUCAGCUGCUGAGAUGAGGUUACAGUCAACUGAGGUGGGUAUUCAAGAAUGAUGUACUGUGGGAAACAAGCUGGGGCAGGGACAGAGAGAUGAAAGCUGGAGAGAAAGAUGCAACAUCAGGCUUGAUUUUCUGCUUCAAGAUCACCCUAUCCACAGCCUGUUCAAAUGCCCAACUUCAGCAGCAAAAUAAAGCAAAUUCCAUUUAAACUGUCUUCAUGGCCCUCAUGAAGGUUUACUCCGGCAUGGGUAAUCCGCGGUGCCGGCGUAACAGUGCCCACUAGCAUGCACUGCACAUACGGCUGCCGCUGCUGCAAGUAUCCUUUUUUUGCACACGUGGCUUAUGGAUUUAUGCAAAAGCAGUCUUUUACAAAAAAAAAGUGUUUGACUAACAGUCGGGAAACACUCAAUGACUUCUUUUAUGGAUAAAUUAAGCAGACCUAAUAUGACAGAAUAAAUGCUAAAUAGUCAGGUCUGCUCUGCGCGCUAUUUUCCCCAUUUCCAUAUAAAAGCAGCACUGAUUGAGAAUAAUCUUGGUACACAAAAUGCAGCUUAUGAUUAGUACUCAUACAUUUACUUAGCUAAAAUUAUAAUUGGAAUAUUCAGCUUUGUCUGGACACCAUUCCACGCACAACCAUCCAGCUGGACAGCCCAAUCUCCUGUCUGGUGGACAGAACUGCUGCGACCUUUGGGAAGACCCAUGGAGGACGUAUGUGUGUCUACAUCGAUAAGAACUGGCGUCUGAAUACCUCAGUAGGUAGCACACAGCUCAACGCAGACAGAGGUUUUAAUAGUGAAGUGCAGACCCUGCUGCAUAGCGAGGGAGCUCACUGCCAUCAUGAUUAUUUGCUGCUUACGUCCCCCCGUGUAAGUGCUGGGAAGUGAGGUAGGAGCUCUACAAUGUAAUAUGCAACCUCGACGCCAACAAUUUCAACGGUGUCUUUACUGAUGCUGCUGACUUCAAAAAUGCCAACUUAAGGACAGUCCUGCCGAAGAUCUACCAGCACGUCAACUUUACAAUCAGUGGAGAGAAUAUCUUAUUGCAUGAGGAAUGACUGAUGGCUCUGGGAAUGUACUCACUGGAAUUUAGAAGAAUGGAGGGGGGGAAAUCUCAAUGAAACCUAUUGAAUGUUGAAAGGCCUAGAUAGAGUGGAUAUGGAGAGGAUGGUGGAGGAAUCAAGCAUCAGAGGGCACAGCCUCAGAACAGAGGGACAUCCAUUUAGAAUGGAGAUGAGGAGCAAUUUUUUUAGCCAGAAGGUGGAAAAUCUGUGGAAUUUAUUGCCACAGGUGGCUGUGGAGACCAGGAUUGGGUAUAUUUGAGAUGGAAGCUCAAUGGUUCUUGAUUAGUCAGGGCAUGAAAGGUUACUGGCAGAAAAAUGGUGCUGAGAGGGACAUGGAUCAGCCAUGAUGAAAAGAUGGAACAGUGUUGAUGGGCCAAAUGGUCUAAAUCUGCUCCUAUGUCUUAUGGACCUGGUUUACACCAACGUAUGUGGAGCCUACAAGACUACCCCCACCCUCACCUUGGAUACUCAGACCACGUAUCCAUUUUGCUAAUCCCGCAUAGUUCCAACUGGUUAAACUAGCUCCCAGGGAUAUCAGGACCUGUCGAAAUGUGCUACCUCAGCUUUGCAGGACUAUUUCAAAAGCAUGAACUACAGCACGUUCAGGGUGGCAUAGCAGGUCACGUCCUAAGGGACUGUGUGGCCCAGCUGACAGAGGUCAUAAUGAACAUCUUUAAUAUCUCUCUGUUCACUGUCCCUGCAGGCUUCAAGGCAGCGACCAUCAUUCCAGUGCCUAAGAGAGCGAUGUAAACUGGUCUAAAUGAUUACUGCCCAGUGGCACUAGCCUCAACAAUAAUGAAGUGUUUUGAGUAGCUGGUAAUGGAGCAUAUAACAUUCCACCUUCCAGCUAUAUUGGAACCUUUCCAGUUCACCUACUGCGCAAACUGGUGCACUGAUGAUGUUAUUGCCUUGGCCCUCCACUCCAUCUUGUCCCACCUAGGAAAUGAUGUCUCAUACACCAGGAUGUUGUUCAUUGGCUUCAGCUCGGCGUUUUAACAUUAUGGGUAUGGGUAUGGGUAAACUGUCCUCACUGGGACUCAACACCCCUCUCUGUUACUGGAUCAUGGACGUCUUGACAGAAAGACCCCAGUGAUUCCAAAUUCACUGUGACAUCUCAAGCUCCAUCACACUGAGCAUUAGUGCCCCCCCCCCCCGAGUUGUGUGCUCAGUCCACUGCUGGCUCAUGAUUGCACUACCAGAUUCAGCUCAAACUGCAUCAUCAGGUUCGCUGAUGAUACUACUGCACAUAAGUUGGCCUCAUCAUCAACAAUGAUGAGUCAGCAUACAGAGAGGAGGUAGAGAGGCUUGAGAAUUGGUGUGAGAACAACAACCUGAGUCUCAACAUGAACAAGACAAAAGAGUCGAUUGUAGACUUCAGGAAAGCAUAGGUCGACCACUCUCCAUUGAACAUCAAUGGCUUUGUCAAAAAGAGAGUGAAUUGCUCAAAGUUCCUUGGUGUGCACAUAACAGAUGAUCAAACCUGGACUCACAACACUUUCUCACUAGUCAAGAAGGCACAGCAGUGUCUUUACUUUCUGGGGAGACUGAGGUGUGCAAGGCUCCAUGAUCCCACUCUAACAACUUUCUCCAGGAGCACCAUUGAAAGUGUUGUGUCUGGCUGCAUCAUGGUGUGGUAUGGAAGCUGCAGGGCAUCAGACCGCUACAGAGAACAGGAAAAACUUCAGAGAGGAUCACUGGGAUCACCUUCCCCCUGUUUGUGACAUUUAUCAAGAACAUUGUAGACGAAGGGCAUAAAGCAUUGUUGAGGAUCCCUACCACCCAUCCCACAACGUCCUUGACCCAUUACCAUCAGCAUGGAGGUGCAGAAGCAUCAGCACUAGGACUGUCAGACUGGGUAACAGCUUCUUCCCUCAGGCUGGGAGACUAGUGUAUUCUCUGCCACUACCGAGGUCUCGUCACUAGGGCAGUGAGCUGCUUGCUGUACUUUUUACCAGCUUUAUCACUUGCAUUUUCAAUUAUCUUUUAUUAACUUACUUAUUGGAUAAUAUUUUGGUUUCUGUGUUGUGUGUGAUAUAUUUUGUGUGGGCGCACCAUGGUCCGGAGGAACAUUGUUUCGUUUGGCUGUACAAUCAGAUGACAAUGAACUUGAACUUAUAAAUUUGUUUUCUUUCUAUAUGGCAAGCAUCCAUAUGGGUGAUGAAAGCAGAUUCAGAGAUAACUUUCAAAAGGAAAUUUGAUACUGCAUAUGCUUGCAAAGGCAAAAUUUAUAAUGGGAUGGAGACUAGUUCAAAAAAUCAGUACUGUAGAUUGAAUAGGUUAAUUCUGCCCUAUAAUACUUUGUGAUUCAUUACAUCAUCUCCUAAGGAAAUAGCAAGAUCACUGCUGCAAUUGGAAUGUCUUAACCAAGAUAGCAGAAGAGUUUAAAAUGACUUGUAAGAUUUUGUAUAUAUUUUUUUGCAUGUUACUAUAUGCAAAUUGCCAUUCUAAGUAUGUUAUAGUGACAUUGUGAUAUUUUAACAUUCAAUAUGGUGUUUUUAAAAUGCUUUAUUUUAAUCUCAGCAUGUUUGCUUGCUAAAUGAAACAGCACAAUUGCACAUUUAAUAUCCUGCCCAUGGCCAAUUUUUAAAAUUCUUUUUCUUCUACGUGCCCGGUAUUAACCAGACAAAACAUCCUACACAAUUUGACACCUCAGCAUAUUUUUAUCAGAACAUUCCACCAUUCAUUUCAGCUGCAACAUUGCUGAUGGGUUAGACUUUCCAGCAAUACAAUGAGGGGUUUAUUCAAUUAUCCUCAAAGCACCAACAGCGGCUGAUUUGGUGCUUGUAUCUUUGUGGUAUCUGGUCCUUCAGCUGCCUGUGGGAGCAGCCCUUCUGUUCUGCGGGAUUCCCUUCAAUGCAGUCACAGACAAUGCUACUUACAUCCACAUUUUUCAGUAACACAGAGGGAAAUUCAGAAUAUCUCAAUUUUUGCUUAGAUCUCUGUGAUCUAUAUUGGACAGUGGUAGUGUAAAAAUAUGUUUUUAAAGCUAGUGCGGACAUACGUAGGUUGGCAUUCUGUCAUCCCAAGGAUUAUCAGGUAAUUUGAUGCUUCCCAUAACCAUGAGGUGAAUUUGUGCCAUAAUGAAGUUAGCUUACGCAGUGAAGAAGCUCACCAAAACCUGUACUUUCUCCAGAGGGUGAAGAGAGUUGGAAGUUGCAGAUUCGUGCUCUCAUCAUUCUACAGAUGCACAGGAGAGAGCACCUUAACAAACUGCACCACUGCUUUGUACGGAAACCACACUGCAGCAACCAGGAAGGCUCUACAACGGGUUGACAUAACUACCCAAAGUAUCACUGGCACCAACCUACCUGCCAUCAAAUACAGUACAUACAAUAUAUUUAGAAAGGUGCCAGGAAAGGGCCAGUAACAUCAAGAAGAAUCCUACACAUCCUGCUCAUGGACCAUUAGUCCUGUUCCCAUCAGGGAGGAGGAUAUGUAGCAUCCAUGCCAGGACUAGCAGACUCAGAAAUGGUUAAUUUCCCCAAGCAGUAAGAGUUAUCAACAACUCCAUCCACUAACUCCACCAUCAUUUUAUCAUUUCCCGUUGGUUUCCUUAUGUGCAGCCUAGUGUCACUUUAUGGACAUACAAUCAAUCUAUGUAAAUCUGCAAUCUGAUGUAUUUAUGAGUAUUGUGUUGUUUUAGUGUUAUUAUUGUGUUCUUUAUUCUUUUGUGUAUUUUUUUGUGCUGCAUCGAAUUCAGAGUAACAAUUAUUUCAUUCUCCUUACUUUUGUCUACAGGAAAUUACAUUAAAUACUCUUGAAUCUUGAAAAUAAUAUUUAAAAAAUGCUGAGAGCAAUUCCAGAGACUGGAGGAUUUCAACACUUUGCUUAUAAUGUUUGUUCCCUUAUUUUCUAAAAGAAAACACACUUUAGUUGUUCUAGUUGGCCAAAAGAUAAAUUUUGAUUUGGAGUUACCUCGUCACGAGGCUGCUUCUUCAACGUGAGGCAGUUUGUUGAAUGUGCUGGCAGUACAGGAAAUCUUACCUUAAUCUGCUGACAUCUGUGGAUCCUCUUUUAAGAGCAGAGUCAUUUAAAUGACAGAUGGAACAUUACUAGCGUUGGACAUACCAGACUACGCACUAAGCAGUCAAACUGAUGCAAGUCAGUACUUGAUUGUAUGCCUGGUAGAAAUCAAUACUGCAAACACAUACUAUUUUUCAUCAAACUUGAUUGUAUGCCUGGUAGAAAUCAACACUGCAAACACAUAUUAUUUUUCAUCAAAUUGUAAAGAGAAAUAUGAUCAGCUGGUUAAACUCAGUCCAAUGAGGGGGACCAAUAUCUCUGCAGGCAGGUUUGCUGCGGGUGGGUUUAAACUAAGUUGGCAGGGGAAUGGGAACUGGAGUGAUAGAGCUGUGGCUGGGGCAGUUGGUAUACAAGUCAAUGCAGUAUAGUGAGAAUGUGAAGAUGGACAGGGAGAUGAUAGGGCAAAAUUACAGUCAGUGGGAUGAGGUGAAGUGUAACAAGGGGGCAAAAUUGAAAAGGGUGAUGAGUACAGGACUGAAGAUUUGAAUGCACGCUCGAUAGAUGAUCUUAUUUAGAGUGUCAGGUAUGAUGUUGUGGGCAUCACUGAUUCAUGGCUGAAAAAAGAUCAAAGUCAAGAGUUUAACACCCAAGGAUACAACUUGUAUUGAAAGGAUAGGCAAGUAGGCAGAGGGGAUAGGGUGGCUCUUAGAAAGAGGUGACAUAGGAUUGGAAGAUAUAGAAUCCUUAUGGAUGGAGUUAAGAAACUGCAAGUGUAAAAAAGCCCUGAUGGGUGUUAUAUACAAGCUCCUGAACAGUAAAUAGGAUAUGGGGCAUAAAUUUCAACAGGAAAUAGAAAAGGCACGUUAUAAGGGCAAAGUUACAUCAGUCAUGAGACAUUUCAAUAUGCAGGUAAAUUGGGGAAUUCUGAGAGAGGGAAUUUGUCUACAAGAUGAAUUUUUAGAGCAGCUUGUGUUUGAGCCCACUAUUUUGGAUUGGGUGUUGUGCAAUGAACCAGAAUCAAUUAGAGACCGUAAGGUAAAGGUACCCUUGGGUGACAGUGAUCAUAAUAUGACAGAAUUCACACUGCAGUUUGAGAGGGAGAAGCUAAAUUCAGAUGUAUCAGUAAUACAGUGGAAUAAAGGGAAUUAAAGAGGCAUGAGAGAGGAACUGGCCAAAGUUGAUUGGAAGGGAACACUAGCAGUGAUGACAGCAGAACAGCAAUGGCUGGAGUUUUGGGGGCAUUUCGGAAGGUACAGGACAGUUAAAUCACAAAGAUGAAGAAAUAUUCUAAAGUAAGGAUGAAGCAACCACUGCUGACAAGGGGAAUCAAAGACCACAUAGAAGUGAAAGAGAGUGCAAAUAAUAGAGCAAAAGUUAGAGGUAUGUUAAAGGAUUAGGAUGGUUUUAAAAAACUAACAGAAGGCAACUAAAAAAGCAUACAGAGAGAAAAGAUGAAAUAUGAAGGUAAGCUAGCUAAAAAUAUCAAGGUCGAUACCAACAGUUUCUUUUCAGGUAUAUAAAGAGUAAAAGAGAGGCAUGAGUGGAUAUUAAACCACUGGAAAAUUUUCACUGGAGAGGUAGUAACAGGAUACAAAGAAAUGAUGGAUGAAAUUAAUAAAUAUUUUGUGGCAGACCUCACUGUAGAAGACACUAGAAGUAUGCCAGAAAUUCGAGAGUAUUGGGGGCAGAAGUGAGUGUAGUUGCCAUUACUAAGGAGAAGGUGCUUGGGAGGCUGAAAGGUUUAAAGGUAGUUUAAUCACCUGAAUCAGAUACACUACACCCCAGAGUUCUGAAAGAGGAGGCUGAAAAGAUUGCGGGGGCAUUAGUGAUGAUAUUUCAAGAACCUCUAGAUUCUGGAAUGGUUCCAGAGGACUGGAAAAUUCCAAAUUUUAAGAAGGGAGGGAUGCAGAAGAAAGGACAUUAUAGGCUAGUUAGCCUGAAUUCAGUGGUUAGAAAGAUGUUGGAGUCUAUCAUUAAGGAUGAGGUUCAAAGUACACUUAUUAGCAACAUAUGUAUAUAGUAAACAACUUUGAGAUUUGUCUCUUUACAGGCAGCCACUAAACAAAGAAAUCCAAUAGAACCCAUUAAAAAAGACCAGCAAAUACCCAAUGUGCAAAAAUAAGAACACAUCAUGCAAACAGUGAAAAGUAAGCAAAUAAUAUUCAGAACUAAAGUUCAUGAAAGUGAGUUCACAGCCGUAAAGCCAGCCAACAUCACAGCCAGUCCAGGAGUCCUUUUAGUUGCAAGCCACACCCUCACAGUUCAGCGCAGAGACGAGUAAAGCUCACCGAGCAGGGAGCUGAACAUUGACCAUUUCUCGCCUCUAGUUCCAAUACGUUGAACUUUUCAAUCUAGCCCGGCACUUAAAUCAGUCAGCAUCAGCUUGUUCCUCUCUCCUGGUUUCGGGAUAUGUGGAGGCACUUGAUAAAGCAGGCCAAAGCCAGUAUAGUUUCCUUAAAGGGAAAUCAGGAUAGACAAAGGCAUGUUAGUGGAUAUGGUUUAAUUAGAUUUUCAAAAGGCCUUUUAUAAGUUGCUGCACAUGAAGCUGAUGAACAAGAGCCCAUUGUAAUACAGGAAAGAUGGGAGUAUGGAUAGAAAAUUUGCUGAUUGGCAGGAGGCAAAGAAUCAGAAUAAAGAGGCCUUUUCUGGUUGGAUGAUGGUGACAAGUGGUUUUUGCAGGGGUUGGUAUUGGGACUUUUUUUUCAUGUAAUAUGAUUUGGAUAACGGAAUUGAUGGAUUUAUGGCCAAGUUUGAAAAUGGAUGGGCAAAGACAGCUGGAUGGGCAGUUAGUGUUAAAGAAGCAGGGAGUCUGCAAAAGGGCUUGGAUGGAUUGGGAGAAUGAGCAAAGAAGUGACAAAUGGAAUUAAAUGUGGGGAAGUGUAUGCUCAUGCACUUUAGUAGAAGGUCAUUGAUCCUGUUAUAUUUACUAAUCUAUAGAUUUGCUGAGUAUUCCCACAGAAAAAUGAAUCUCACAGUUAUACGUGGUGACAUAUAUAUACACACAUAAUAAAAUUUACUUUGAACAUUGAACUUUGAAUAAAAGCAUCACCUCUUUUCUAAAUGGGGAUAAAAUUCAAAAAUCAGAGGUGCAAACGGUCUUGGGAGCCCUUGUGCAGAAUUUGCUAAAGGUUAAUUUGUAGGUUGAGCUGGUGGUAAGGAAGGCAAACAAAAUGUUAGCAUUAAUUUUGAGAGGACUAGAAUGCCAGAGCAAGGAUAUGAUGCUGUGGCUUUAAAGGCAUUGGAAUAUUGUGAGCAGCUUUGGGCACCUUAUCUAAGAAAAGAUAUGCUGGCUUUGGAGAGACUCCAGAGGUUCAUGAGUAUGAUUCUGCGAAUUAAAGUGUUAACAUAUGAGGAGCUUUUCAUGGCUCUGGUCCUGUGCUCACUGGAAUUUAGAAGCAUGAGGGGGAAUCUCAUUGAAAGCUAUCGUAUAUUGAAGGGCCUAGACAGAGUAGAUAUAAGAGAGUAUGUUUCCUCCAGUGAGUGAGUCUAGGACCUGAGGACACAGCCUCAGGACAGAGGGAUGUCCUUUCAGAAUAGAGAUUAGAAGGAAUUUCUUUAGCCAGAUGUUGGUGAAUCUGUGAAAAUCAUUGCCACAGAUGCUUUUGAGGCUAAGCCAUUAAGUAUAUUUAAAGCAGAGAUUGAUAAGUUCUUGGUUAGUCAAGAUGUCAAGGAUUGCAGGGAGAAGACAGAAGAACAGCAUUGAGAGGAACAAUAAAUCAGGCAUGAUGGAAUGGCAGAGCUGGCUCAAUGGGCCAAAUGGCCUAAUUCUGCUCCUAUAUCUUAUAGUUUUAUGGUCUUCUGCAUAGAAGUCUGAAUACAAAACAGAUCAUGUCAGCUGAAGUGACAGUGGAAAGACUAUACUUGGGAUUGCUAACAGAAAAAAAUUCUGCAGAUGCUAGAAAUCUUGAACAACACACGCACAUUGCUGGAGGAACUCAGUAGGUCAGGCAGCAUUUACAGAGGCGAAUAAACAGUCAACUUUUCAGGCCAAAAUCCUUCCUCAGGACUGAAUGGAAGGGGGCAGAAGUCACAAUAAGGUGGAGGAAGGGAGCAAAUAGUUCAGCAGGUGAGAGCAAAAUCUCCCUGUAGCUACUCAUUUCAAUUCAACUUCUCAUUCCCCGUCUGACAUGUCUGCCCAUGGCUUCCUUUACUAACCCUAACCCAAAUCCAGUUUGGAGGAGCAACACUUCAAAUUUGUCUGGAUAGUCUCUAGCUUGAUGGCAUGAAAAUUAAGAUUUCUCUGACUUCCAGAGAAAUUUCAUUCCCUACCACCCCUUCUCUCUUUCCCAUUCCCCAUCCUGGUUACCCUCUCACCCCUUCUCUUCUAGUCAUCUGUCCAUCACCUCCCUCCAUUUCCCCUCCUUCCAUUUCUUCCAUGGUUGGCUGUCCACUCCUAUUAGAUUCCAACUUUUCAGCCCUUACCUCUUCCUCCUAUCAGCUCCCACCUUCUUACUUCAUCCCACCACCUCCACCCAUCCACCUUCCCCCCUCACCUGGUCUCACCUAUCACCUUCCGAUGUGUACUCCUUUCCCUUCCCUACCCACCUUCUUAUUCUGGCCAGAUAAAGGGUCUAGGCCUAAAAUAUUGACUGUUUAUUCCCCUCCUUAACUACUGACUUGCUGAGUUCCACCAACAUCUUGUGUGUUUUGAUUCUUUUGAUUGAUCACAACCUAUAAUUAGAUGGAUCACAAAAUUGAGCCUGAGAUGCGAAAAUCAACAUUAUCUGUCCAUCGUAAUUGUCAAGAUUAAGAUUCACACAGGAAGAGUGGAUACUUAGAUGAAACAAAGGAAAUUAUAACACUUGUAGAGUUCGUAAUCCCGUGUGAAUUACAGCAUUCAACAAAGGAAAUUAUAACACUUGUAGAGUCCCUAAUCCCAUGUGAAUUACAGCAUUCAACAAAGGAGCAGAGAAGAAUCACAGGGGACAACCAAGGCAAGUGUGAUGCUGUGGUUAAGCUUUAGUUCACCUAUUUCCACAAUGUUUUGGUGUCGUUUGUACAGUUGUGAAGACAGACUGAGGGUUGUGGGGUUAGAGCAAGCACUGCUUGCUUAGUUUUAUUUAGCUGACGCACAGAAAUUAAAAACAGAAAGCAGGGAUGAGAGCAAAGUCUAUGAUUUGCAAAGAACAGUUGGAAUUCAGAGAUAAAUUAUCUUUUUAUCCUAGUUUAUUGGCCCAAAUUAUCCACUGAAUGGUGCAACUCCUCACUGACUUGUCUAGUGUGGACACAGGUACAUCCUUCUGCGCGUGACCACUGCCAGGAGAAUGGCAAGUGCCAGUACAAUGAUUCACUGAUGUCUAUGACUUCAGAUAAUUGGUAGGGCCUUGACUCCUAGGCUUGCACUAAAAUUGGGAAUGACAUUAAUAAACACACAUGCACUAUUAAAGAAGUUGCAAAACUUUAACAUUAUUAAAAGUUAAAAGCAAAAAUAAUUUAUGCUUCCUUAAAAACAACUGAAGAUAAUUUGACUCAGGUAAUCUAAAUAAAUGUUCUAAUCAGUAAUCUAUGGAUAUUAUUACACAGGAAAUAUACCAGGAAAGCUUCCCCACUGGUUAAUAGGAAAUUUGAUGUAAUGUGCAUUACCCCUUUAAAAUCCAAAAGGAAUCUGCUAGCACAAUGCAGGAGUUCUGCAGAUGCCAGUUAACUGCAGUGGAAAGCUGCAUUUCAGUUUCAUUUCACCCCAGAGCACACAGUUUUGGCACAAAACAUUCAGUUUAGUCAUAAUUUGGAACUGAAAUGUGCAAAAAACCUGAAAACCAGUGGAAAAUCCCAAGUCAACUGUUUUCAUGUGUAACAAUUUAAAUAGAUACUUUAAACUAUCAAGCUAUAUAUUAACAACUUUGUUUUAAAAUAGAAUAUACUAUUAGCGCUGUGGCCCAGAAUCCCUAGAAUAUUUACUUUGUCUAAUAUAUAAUAUAGAACAUAUAUAAUAUAUAACAGAUUUACAUAUAACUGAAAAAUUGGACCAUAUUCAACUAAAUAGAAAUAACUUUAUGAUCACAUUAUGAUAAUUGAAUUAUUCACUCAAGAUCCAUUAAUUAGUAACUUAAGAGGAGAUUUUGUUGAAUAGGAAGGUUAUACUUCUACUUACAAAACAAUGACAGAGAUGAAACUGAUACAGAAAGUUUUAAUUUGGAAAAAUCAGGUGUUUAGGUUUUUUUUAAAUCUUAGGCAAAUGGGUCAACAUUGAAUUCCUACAAUAAACUGUAACUAAAUUUAUAAUGUCAAUAAUGAUACUGUAAGCAAUAUCAGUCAUUGCAUCCCAGAUUAACCAGUCACAUCAUUGGCAAGCUUCUAUUAUGUUUCCACAAAUUGAGUGUUUGCAUUUGUUCAUGCCCAACAUUUGAAAAGUAAAUUCUUAAAACAAAAUGUACAGUUGCCAAUGAUAGGAUUUACUGCCAAAAGUGUUUUACUGGGACAAAAAAGAUAAGCAAAUAUUUAAAUAUGUCUUUGUAGAUGUGAUCAGUUACAAAUGAUUUAAUACAAAUUUAAUGUUUUGAUAUUUAAGGUAUUACACAGACAGUUGGCACACAAUUGGCAUUUGAGUUCAAAUCAGACAUCAUCACUAUUUUUACAUACCUAGCUAUAGAAAAUUGUUGCUUGUUCUCUCACACAGAAAAUCAAAUAGUUAUAUCAAGAUGAGCUCACAUUUACCUGGCAUUUGGACCCUUUGUCAAGUUUCAUCAUUAUUGUACUCUGAAGCAAAAAAGAAAUCACCUUUGUACAGCCAUAAAAAAAUAUACAGCCAAAUCUGAGUGAAAAUGAUUCAUAUACAGUGGAAUCUGGUUAAUUGAGCCAUUGGUUAAUCAGGGCAGUCGCUUAUUUGACAUCCCUUAAAAGACAAAAACUAAUUGAGAAAAUAGAUCAGAUUCUUGGGACACUCUGCUGCUUAACUGGGACAGGGGACAGUUGCCAACAAGUUUCUUACUAGCGUCAGCCACAUACACUUGUUAGAAACACACCGUGCUAAGAGCGAACAGUUUCAAAGUAGCUUUAGUUGGGUGUACUGGUCCCGAUGUAUCCCAGUUAACCAGAAUCCUCUGUAUUAUGUUUGUUGGAUUAAGUGAAGCAAAUGAGCUUAUUUGUCAGGAAAAAUCCAGACUGCCCUAAAUUCACUUUCCUUCAACUCCAUCAGUUCAGCUUCCAAGCCUCCUGACAUUCCAUCUGUUAAGGUGAAAGGGUGGAGAGAUAAGGCAAAGGUGCAACAAGAUCCACUCUCCAUUGCCUGACCACUGCAUCUCAACAUAGAAGGCAGGAAGCCAUAAUAUUCUGACAGCAUUCUAUUAAUUGGCUGCUGAAAAUUAAGAUUUCUCUCGCUCUCUCAUUCUUUUUGUCAACUCUAAAUAUGCAUCAAAUGUAAACAGCUAUAAUCCAGUGAAGGUUUUUCUACAUAAUUGCAGAGUUAAACUUAUACCAGGUACUGAAAAUACCUGGUAUGUGAAGUCAGGAAAUUUGAAUUAUCAUAGGUUGUUUUGUUCUCCUCAGUUAAAAAGAUACAAGCACAAACCAGGACAUUAUAACAAUAGAAGUUCAAGCAAUAGAGGGUGUCUUAAUAUUUCCAAAUUCUUAUUAUGUAAUCAAACCCAGUUAAUAAAUCAUUGCACUAUUUGGGAGCACACAUGAUCCCAAGUUUUCAUCCUCUUUGCGAGUAAAGCAUUUCUGGAUGUGAUCAUGUACAAAUUGGGCUCUGUGGCUUUAUUUCUAACAGCUGUCAAAAAGAACAGACUUGAUCAGGUAUUUCAAAUGAGAAGCAGUUCCCGGUGAGAGUAUCAAUGGGGAAUCAGAAGUUCUUAGCCCUCAAUUUUUCACCACUGGUUUGGAUGGAUGAAAAAUCAGGAGUUGCAGACCUGUGAGAUUCUCAACUAGUGUUUUUUGCAAGUGAGUCCCUUGCUAGAGACCCCUGAUCAGUAAUCACCUAUUUUAUGUUAACUGCUUGAAUUGGAUUCCAGAAUAAGUUCCAGGUGAAAAGACAAUACUAACCAAUCCACUCAGUUGAUAUUUUCUUCUGUUACGGGCUUCAUCACAAAGCACUUACUUAUUGCUAUAAGUUCAGUGCGACUGAUUUGUAUAUGUUUAUGUCCCUUUUGUAUGUGAUAUUUGUUUCUAGUCUCUGCCAGGAAUAAAAAGUAAUAAAGACUUACUAAGCAUGCAGUAAAGUUUCCUCAGUGCACUAUAACCAUUGUUAUCUCUCUAUAACACAGUGUUGAUGUCUGUCCACCUUUAUCUGCAGGGCAUAAGCAACUAUUUCCCCAACAAUGUGGGUAUGAUUGCCAAUUUUAAUAAAUCUGACAUUUGAGCAACACCCUACAACUAAGGUUACCAAUGCAGGACAGUAAAAGCAGAGAACGCAUAAAGCCCAUACAGGACAUCAUUCUAUUAAUGCUUCAAUGUUAAAUAGAGGGCAAUUAAUACCAACGAAAAUGCUGGAUGAAAUAUUUUUUUCUUAUUCUGAAGGAUACUGUUGAACUGCAUUUGAGAAACAAACACUUUCACCUUGGUUAAAUACCAAGUAAUGUAAUAGAUCACAUUGCUGUGUAGUUUGGAUCAAUGCCUUGUUAAAAAAAGAUUUAUGUAAAGCUCUAUUCAGAACUUAUUUUACUAUAUCAAAGAUGGUAGACGAUGAAGAUAAGCAAUGCCUGGAAAUAUCCUUCAACCAAAACACAAAAAUUUGAACUGUAAGAAGUUAUUCUAUAUUAUUUAAGAUGAUCAUUUUUUUGUGGUGUCAGAAACCAGGCCAACCUCUCUUCACUUUCACAAUUACUCUGUCUGCAUCACUGGAGACAAAUUGUCUACUGAUAUCCUUUAUGAGCCUAACGUUUCCACAGUUAUCUUGACUAUAAAUUUUCCCAUCCUGUCUCCUGUAAAAAUGUCAUUUCCUUUUCUCAGUUUCUUCAUUUUCACCACAUCUAUUUCCAACAUGAGGCUUUCUUUUCCAUUAUUGUCCUCCUUCAAAGAAUGGGGUUUCCCUUCUGUCACCAUUGGUGCUGCUCUCACCUGCACCUCCUCCAUUUCCUGAACAUCUGCCCUCACCCAUCUUCCUGCUGCCUUAACAAGGAUUGAGUUCCUCUUGUCCUCAGUUACCAUGAGCUUCCACAUCCAACACAUCAUUCUCCACAACCUACACCAUCGUCAAUGGGAUCCUACCCCCAAACAUUUCUUUACUCCCUCCCCCCCACCACCCACCAUCGCUCUUCACUUUCGGCAGAGAUCAUUCCCUCCAGAAUUCCAUAA